UUGGACCCACUGGCGGGGCAUGAUGGUGGUGGGCACUGGCACCUCGCUGGCGCUGUCCUCCCUCCUGUCCCUGCUGCUCUUCGCCGGGAUGCAGAUGUACAGCCGCCAGCUGGCCUCCACCGAGUGGCUCACCAUUCAGGGGGGCCUGCUGGGCUCCGGCCUCUUCGUGUUCUCUCUCACUGCCUUCAAUAAUCUGGAGAACCUGGUCUUUGGCAAAGGAUUCCAAGCAAAGAUCUUCCCAGAGAUUCUCCUGUGCCUUCUGUUGGCUCUCUUUGCAUCUGGCCUCAUCCACCGAGUCUGCGUAACCACCUGCUUCAUCUUCUCCAUGGUUGGUCUGUACUACAUCAACAAGAUCUCCUCUACUCUGUACCAGGCAACAGCUCCAGUCCUCACACCAGCCAAGGUCACGGGCAAGGGCAAGAAAAGGAACUAACUCUGGAUGUCCAAUAAAGUCGAUUCUUUGUACUUC